AUGGAUUCUCUCCGAGCCGUCUUCGUUGCCGCUCUCGCAACAGUAGCCAUCAUCCCCUCCACGCUCGCCCUCCCGACAGACCCAGAACCCGGACCCGCGACGGGCGGAAGCACAUUCAGCAUACCGCAAGUGAGGAACGAGAACUUCCAGCAGCAGGAUGGGCUCAACGCGCUGCUGCGGGCGUACGCGAAAUACAACGCCCCACUGACCCCCCAGCUGCAAACCGCCGUCCGGAUCAACAGCGCCCAGAAGAGCGGGAAGAAGAGAGGGAACGUGUCCGGGUCAGUGUCCGCCCGGCCGCCCCGGGACUACGACUACGAGUACAUCACGCCCAUCACGAUCGGCACUCCGCCGCAGAAGCUCAACGUGGUCAUCGACACAGGAUCCGCAGACUUCUGGGUCCUCUCCUCCGACACCUCCAAAACCGGCCUCUCCGGCCAGCCCAUCUACCGCCCGGCCAGCUCAACAACCAGCAAAGUCCAACAAGGCCAGACCUGGUCAAUAACCUACGGCGACGGCUCGGGCGCCUCGGGCACAACCUACACCGACGUCGUCUCCCUGGGCUCCCCCGCCGUGCGCGCCGCCGCCCAGUCCGUCCAGUCGGCGCACAAGGUCUCCGCCGGCCUAGCCGCCGACGCCGACAUCUCGGGCCUGAUGGGGCUUGGCAUGUCGUCUGGCAACACGGUUCGCCCUGCCCGCCAGAACACCUUCAUGGACACCAUCAAGGCGGACCUGAAGGCGCCGCUGUUCGCGGCGGACCUGCGCACCGCGGUCGGCGCCGGCGCCGACGGCGGGGCCGCGGGCAAGUACGACUUCGGGUUCGUGGACGCCGGUGCGUACGAGGGGACCAUGCAGUACGUGCCGGUCAACAAGUCGAGCGUGUACUGGGCCUUCUCGCCGUCGGGGUACGCCGUCGGCAAGGCGGCGUACGUGGCGACGCCGUGGAAGGUCAUCGCCGAUACGGGGACGUCGCUGCUGUUGCUGCCGGAUGCCAUGGUGAAGGCCUACUAUGCUGCCGUCAAGGGGGCGGGGCCUGAUAAGGGGGCCGGGGGGUGGGUGUUCCCAUGCAACGAGGUGUUGCCGGAUUGGACGUUUGGGAUCGGGUAUUAUAGGGGGGUGGUGCCGGGGCGGUAUAUGAACUACCAUGCGGUGAACUCGACGCAUUGCUUUGGCGGGAUACAAGGCUCUGAUAAUAUCGGGUUCAGUAUAUUCGGGGAUGUUUUGCUCAAGGCGCAGUUCGUCGUGUUUGAUCUGGGCAACUUGAGGCUGGGGUGGGCGAAUAAGAAGUUGUCCGCCUGA